GUCAACUGUUGAGUCUGCUGAAUGCAGCCAUUGACAUAGAGGAUUUCGCCUUAAUAGAGGUGUCUGCAGCCAUUAUUGAGAGAGAAAAAAAAAGAAAGGGAGAGAAAGAGAGAAAAAGAGAGAGAGAGAGAGAGAGCGAGUGAGUGAGUGAGAAAGGAAAAAAAGUGUACUCUUGAGAUACUUGUCAAAGCAAGUCAGCAAACGUCACCACGUUGCUCGAGUUUUAACGCAACUAUUUAAAUCGUAGAACAAUAGAAAAAAGAUGACUAGUGUAGACUGGGAGGAAGUUAAAAGAUUAGCUGCUGAUUUUCAAAAGGCGCAGCUCAGCUCGACUUUACAAAAGCUUUCAGAACGAAACUGUAUAGAGAUUAUAACAACAUUGGUAGAAAAUAAACUUCUAGAUAUUAUAUUUACCAAUGAUGGCAAGGAAUAUGUUACUCCACAACAUCUAGGAAAAGAAAUCAAAGAUGAAUUGUAUAUUCACGGUGGGAAAGUUAGUUUGGUUGAACUGGCCCAGAUUCUUAAUGUCAGUUUAUCGCAAGUAACAAAAGUCGUAACAGAGAUCGAAAGACACAACAAGGGAUUAAAAGUAAUAUUGGGACAACUUAUUGAUAAAAGUUAUGUAAAUAAAAUCGCAGAAGAAAUCAAUGAUAAGCUUGUGCAACAUGGCUGUAUCAAUGUAGCAGAGCUGACGCUUACUUAUGAUUUACCAGCUGAAUUCUUACAAUCAGUUGUUGAAAAAGAGCUCGGAAAAAUAAUACACGCAACUCAAGAUUCUCAAGAUCCCAAGGUCUUUUAUACGGAAAGUUUUAUCGCUACAAAUAGAGCAAAAAUUCGAGGUGCAUUAUCUGCCAUCACAAAACCUACACCAUUAUCUGCAAUAUUAGGACAAUGCGCUAUUCCGGAGAGGAUAUUUUUUUCAAUUCUAGAUGGUUUACAAGAAAUAAAACAGGUGCCUGGAGUUGUAACCGGGAAGCAAGGUGGAAAUAGCGUUUAUAUACCUACUAUCUACUCCAAGAGUCAAAAUGAUUGGGUCGAGAACUUUUACAAGCAAAAUGGUUACUUGGAAUACGACGCGCUCGCUAGACUCGGGAUAUCAGACCCAGCGAGUUUCGUAAAACGUCACUUUCCGGAUGAAAAUAUAGUUUUAUUGAAAUCCGUAGCUACCGGAACAGUAAUAACAGAUCAGGUCGAUGCCAAUAUCGAAGAAGCUGUUGCGACCGGAUUCUUCGUUGAUCUUUAUCCCCUUUUACCGUCUGUAUUUAGCGACGAAGAUGCGGAAAUUCUUCUCAAACAGGCCACGAAGAAGACAAAGGCCAAUGUACAUAUAUUCGUGAAGACAGUUGCAGUUUCCGACGCAUUUUUGCAAACUUUAAAUAAAUCCCUCGAGGUACUAGCGGACAAAAAGGCCAGAGAGAUCGUAGCUAGCGGAAAGUGGAUCCAAUAUAUGGCCGAAAAUAAAUUCAAGUUCAAAUCCGUGGUCUUGGUAACCGAGAGUAAAGUAAGUAAGAGAGAGGAGCGUAGGAAAAAAGCAGUGAUCGGUAAAGCGGGCGGUGGUAACCAAGGCAGGGAAACCAAGACCAAGUCCACGAAAAAGAAGUAUCUUCAAGGAAGAAUACAGGAGAAUGAAUCCGACGAAGAGGAGACCAAUCAGACAGCAGUCGGAAGGGUUGAAAUCAUAUUGAUAUCCGUGGAGGAUGUGAAAGCAGAAAUUGCGAAGGAUGAGAACGUAUCCAUGAUCGAAGAACUGGCGGGUGAACUAGCCAAUCACUUGCAACCGAAGCUAAACAAAUCGGCGUUGUUGUUGGCCGAACAAUUAGGGCAAACCACCAGUAAGACCGCCAUUCUGAGUGAGAUCGAGGAACGUCUGAAUGUUCUAGUAGCGAAUGUCAGAAUAUUCGACAAAGGUGUCAAACAGCUGGACAAGGCGGAUCAGGCUCCGUUGACCAAGUAUUUGUUGAAGUCUCUAGGCCUGGAUUUCGUGACACGUAUAUUCAAGCUAGCGGCUCAACAGAAUAUGCUACAAGUCGCCGAGAAUCUUACGACAGAAACGAGACAAAAACUAUUGCUAGAGUUACCUACGGAUGUGAAGGAGCCGUUAACCGCUGUCCAUAAAGCAGCGAUGGGAGAUACGGUGGAAGACUUUUUGAAUACUGUCGACAGUGCGAUGGCAGCUUGCUGUUUGGUUCUGAAGAAGUACGAUAAGAAGAAGGAGAAGCCGCAGGUGCUCGCUCACAGAGAGGCUCUGUUGGAAGAGCUCAACGCCACGCAAGAUCCUGCAUUGGUGUUGCAUCUGGUCACGAGCUUGCUCUUCACUGCAGUUACGCAAAGUGCCUUACACAUGUCUGGUAGACACGUGUCGUCCAUUCUGACGUUUCUUCGAAAACACUUGGAAUCUGAUGCGAUGUCGAUUUUGUCUCGAUACCACGAUUUGGUGCUCAAUUUGCUUCAAAGUGCUUCCGAUGAAAACGCAAAGAUGGACGCCUCAAACGCCUUGAAAGAAGGACUGGCUGAUAUUAAAAAUAUUGCUAAUAAUUUCAAGCAACACGUAAAAAUGGACAAAUCCUGAGAGCGGUUACGCAACUAGUUCUAUACUUGCAAAGAUUCGAGAAUUUCUUUUUAAUUUUGGCAAUAAAUUCCCUGUAAGAUGAA